AUGCCCGCCACACCGGGCGGUGGCGCCGGCGACAACAAUAGCAACUCUUUAGGUGGCGGCCAUGGCGGGGGCGGCGCCAGCGGCGCCGCGCGGGGUUCCUCGGACAGACAGCAGCGGCCGCCAGAUGUAGGAGGUGGUGCGUCAUCGGGCAUGGAGGUCGACGGUGGUGGCCGUGGCGGCGGAGGCGGAGGCGGAGGCGGGGGGGGGGAGGGGAGGGGGGGCGAGGACGGCGACGAGCAAGGGGGCGGCGACAAUGCAGCACCAUCUGCGCGGCAAGCCUCGGGAGACGGGGGGGCGGCGGCGGCGGGGGGGCCGGCAGAUGGACGGAGACCGAGGAGCUGCAUCUUCGUGGUCGAGGGCAGCGCGGACAACGUCUCGUCGGCGAAGGGCAUCACGAUGGGCGACGUCCACGGCGCGGUCCGCCCCAAGACGGGACCCGCAGACGGAGAAGAAACGGCGACGGCGACGGCGACGGCGACGGCGACGCCGCCAGCGGCGGUCGAGAACCUUUACACCGACAUGGCGUUCGAGGAGGUCGUUUCCUUGCAGCUCACCGGCGGAGACCCGGUGCCGUCGUUGGUGGACGCGAAGGACGACGGGGAGCGCAGGCUCCGCGCGACCUCCUCCGGGGUAACCAUCCUUAACCAUCCUGCCGCGUCAUCCGCGCCAGAGGCGUCGAACAAGCGGGCGAAGUCCGGCGUUUGGCCGAUGGGCGGGGAGGCGGGUGCUUGGACGGCGGCGGCGGACAGCUCCUCCACACCGGGACUGCAGCAGCAGCAGCAGCAAGCCGGCAGCACGACGACGCCGGUCGAAGCCCUGUCGUCCAUGUCGAUCGACGCCGGGGUUGGAGCUCCGGCCGCUGAGAGCGUCGUCGCCGCCGCGGCGCCUGCCGCCGCAGACGGCGCGGCGGGAGCGGCGGCGGCGGAGGCGGCGGGAGCGGCGACCACGGUGCCGGUGCCGGUGCCGGCAGAGGCGCCGGCGUUGACCAACGACGAGUGGGUGGCGCGGAUAUCCCCGCUUGUCCCGUCCAUCCCGGAGGGCACCCACCCGGAAGACUUCCUGCACGACCUUCUCAGGGAACGGGGCUACACGACCGAGAUGGUGGCGAUGAAGGAGACGGUGUACCACCGGCCGCCGGAGCCCGACCAGGUGGCGGCGUACGACAAGGCCAUUCUCCGCGCCGUGCUCGACGAGGACGAGGCGGCGCUGGAGCGGAUGCGGGCGGCCGGGCGGCGGAUGGACGCGUGCAACCGCUUCGGGGACAGCAUCCUGCACAUGGCGUGCCGCCGGGGCCGCGCCGCGGCCCUCCGCUUCCUGCUCCGCGCGGCCGGCUCCGCCGGCGUGGUGUCCAGCGACGACUUCGGGAGGACCGUGAUGCACGACGCCUGCUGGACGUCCUCGCCGCGGUUCGACGUGGCCUCGGCCGUUCUCGACGCCGACACGAGGCUGCUGCGCACGCUGGACAGCCGCGGGUCCUCCCCCCUGCAGUACGUGCCGGAGGACCAGUGGCCCCUGUGGUGCGCCUUCUUCGAGAGCCGCAAGGAAGUCUACUGGCCAAAGCUCCCGCCCGGCGCGGAGGACGUGGCGGGGAUCAUCCCCGUCACGGAAGAAGUGUCGUAGCCGUGAUUUUUUUGGGGCGUGUUUUGCCGGCGGGGGGGGGAGGGGAGCGGGGUUGUCUCGCUCUCGUCUCCCUCCUCGCGGAGGUUUUGGUUGGAUGGUGGUGGGGUUUGGGACUAACGGUUCGGGCCUUGAUGCCUUGAAAAGCAUGUAGAGUGGUGUGGUGUGUGUUCGUCUUCUUUUCUUUUUUUUUUGAAGCAACCAGGGAGAGGCGGCCGGUCCUUUUGCUGGUCCUGUUUUCAACAGAUGGCACGGGUGGCCGCUACGGCCGGCACAGGGGCUUCACACUACGGUUUUCCGGUUCUAUUUUUCCUCUCUCUCCAGUUUUGAGUAUUGGUGGUGGCGUAUCGGCUUGGGAGCUUAUAGCGCAUGCACUGGUCGAAUCUUCCCGGGUGGGGGUGGGGGUGGGGGUGGAUCGGUCCACGCGACACGUAUUUUUCUUGAUUGCAGACUCGAUUGAAGCCCACGACGCGCUCGGACUUGGGAGACACAAGCCGCCCUUGUUGUCUUGCCCUUUCUAGUCAGGGCAGUCACUCACUUUCCCCAGAGGCGCCGCGGAGCGGAGAGGGUUUGUCAAUACAGAACCGCGGCGCUUCAGGGGGGACACGGUGAUGGGGAGGUUGAUGGGCACGUUUGUACAUUCCGAGGUUGCACAGAGUGAAAGUAUGGCGGUUGCGCGAGCGUGCCAAGAGGAGGGGGGAGGGGAGGUCAUGAGAGGAAAGACGUGUUCCCAGGGGGGGGAGGGGCAGUCGUGAGAGAGAGAGAGAGGAUGUGACUGCGGUGUGUUGUUCGAAGGAGCGAGUAAAAAAGGAGAAGCAGGGGGUUGGUUGCGUUCUCGAAGGCACGGCGUCUGUGGGAGGGACGUUUGAGGUGCCUCUCCCUGCGGUGGCGUGUCGAACGACGACGGAUGGUGAUGGUGUGCCGGUGAGAAUGCUAAAUAGGGCGGCGUCCUGGCCUCUCUCGGACUGUGUUCCCGGUUUUGUUGUCAAUUUUGUGUGGAGAAGAAGAGGCCCUGGUCGGUACUUCGGACCUUCAACUGCGCGCGCAGGACAGGUUUCAAUUUUGUGGAGGGGCGGGAAGAAAGAGGCUCUGGUUGUGUUGGUGGUUGGACCUUCAAUUGCCCGCCGUGGUGUGGUGCUGGUGCCAUACUUUUGGGGGGAGGCGGCUAGAAAAACCAGCUAGCUACGUAGCGAUAGUUACGCUUGCUGUUACAAUAUGUCUAGUUUAGAGAGUUCGCUCGAUAGUUCUAGACUGCACGGUUCGAAACAAACUUACGUUUGAAGGUUAGCACACGUGAAGCGUUUUUAUUUACUCGGCAGCGGAAGGCGAUUCGUCUCAAUAGCUGAUAAAACAGAAAAAAUGGAUCCACUAUCGAAUGAGGUGUGGCAUGCAAGGUUGGGGGGGGGGAGGAGGGGUUCGGGAGAAUUCAUUUCCUCACGCCCGCAAAUUUAAACUCGUUAUUUAGUUUUGUUAAUUUUCUAGCCAUCAUUCUUGUACAUUGUAAUGGAGGAGCGUGGGUCGUUUGUUGUCAUGUUUGGUGUGAAAGCAAACAUACCGGGCA